GUGACGGUUGGCGCUGCUGCCUGGCUGUUAGCGGGACUGACUCAGUGAAGAAAAGAAAUGGCGAUGCUCGGCGGCUUCAGCUCAGCACAGCGCAAGAAAAGUGUGCCCGACGAGAGCAACGACGUGUCGGAAUUCAUCUGUCCCGUUUGUCUCGAAAUCUUUGAGAGUCCCGUAACGACACAAUGCGGCCAUACGUUCUGCCAGAGUUGUUUGCAAGAAUGUUUGCGUCCACAAAAACCCGUGUGUGCAGUAUGUAGGGCCACUCCAGGGCUUUUGACUAAAGCUACUAACCUGGAGGCCCUCAUCCAGUCAUCUGUGGCAGCUUGUAAGGGAUGUGGAGUUCAGGUUGGCCUCUCUCAGAUGAGAACCCACACAGCAACUUGUUCAAAAUACCAGGAGUACAUUGAGGAGGGGGUGAGGACCACUGCUCAAAGCCAGCCUGCCGUUAUUAGUCCAGUGCCAAAUCGCUACACUUUCUCCUGCCCCUACUGCAACUGCCAGAACCUGGAUCAGGAUGGCCUAGUUGAACAUUGCACUUCCCAACAUGCUCGAGAUCCACGCCAAGUGGUGUGCCCUAUUUGUGCCUCAAUGCCUUGGGGAGACCCUAAUUACAGGAGCACUGACUUUUUCCAACACCUCAAGAUCAGACACACUUUCUCCUAUGACACAUUUGUGGAUUACUCCACAGACGAGAACACGAUGAUUCAGGAGGCGUUACAGCGUUCUCUUCUGGACAACUGAAGUGUGAAGAACAAUCGAGCAGGAUAAGGAGCUUGGGGGGGAAAAAGAAGAAACUUGUCUUAAAAAGACACAACUAUACACUGUAUCAUCAUUCAUCUGGUGUAACUGAACUGCUUUGGGUAAUUAUUUUCACAGGGGUGUCGUGUCAUAUCUGAAUCUCCAGGUGUAAUCAUCAAAAUAACAAAUCAGGCAGGAUGGUUUGAAAACAACAACAACGUGCUGAAUGAUUUAGGAGUGACACAGUGUUUCUGAUGUGGUCAUCUUUUGUUCCCCUCAACAAAGUCUGUUC